GUAAAUCAUGUGUAAAAAUGUUUUUAAUUGGAUUUGAAUGUGUUGUGUUUCUGUUCACAGAAACGUUCAAGUAAAGGUUAACCAACUAAAUAUAUACACUGUUACACUUUGAAAACUCAAAGAAAAAAAACGCACAGGAAAUGAGAGCGAUCACCAAAACGCUAACAGCGUAUGAGAAAACGUGAAGUCGUAGCCGAGAGAUUAAACUGUAACAGGAAAAAAAAAAAGUAAAAAAGGACAAAGUUUGGUGCUGCGACAAAAAAGAAAAGACAGAGAGUUGGUGAAGGGAGGCAGAGAGAUAAAGAUAGCUUAAGGAGGGAGAUCCGUCAGUGCUUGUUUCCUCAGGAUGUGGUUACCACGACGACAAAAAAGCAGUAACAUCACUGGUCUCUAAUGACACCUGUGAACGCGUUUGUGUGCCUUUGUGCAUGAGUGUGUGUAUGUGUGUGUGUGUAAGUGUGAAAUUUGAGGUGUGUGUGAUAAUGUUUACAUGUGCUCUUGUGAGUUAGUUGAUGAGUUGACUUGUGUGUGUGUGUGUGUGUGUGUAAGAAGGGGAGUUUGUAAAGGCAAAGUUAAAGGUUGACAAGCUUUUCUGAGUGACAGAGCAGCAAAAAGUCAGGAAAGAAUCAUGAAGAACAGUCGAAGAGCAACAAUCCGAACCAGAAAAGAACUGAGGACAAACAUGUGUGAGAAGGAAAUCAAAAGCCAAGGACUGUCAAACUAGCCAACACAAACAAACAUGGAGGACCUUUCAUGCACCUUCUCCAACCUCCACCACCAUCACAGUCAUCCGUCUUUCCACCAGAACUUAGCCGACCUCCAGAGCGCCGAGCUGGGAUAUCAGCCUGCCAUGGAGUCCCUGGAGCAGUGUGUGAGUCGAGGUGAAGACACAGCAUCCACCGCGUCCUUUCCAACUUUAAGCAGCUCAUCGGGGGUUCGAAGAAGAAGCAGCGCUGAUGACAGAGGAUUCCAUACUCCAAGUGUUACCAGUGUGGAUGGUGAUGUGAGCAUGAGAGGCCAUCCUGAUAGAAAUGGCAGCUUUGGUGGUCAUUAUGCUGACGUCUGGUUUGGUGCUUGUAAAAAAGAAAAGGAUUGGGACGUUUUUCAGAGCUGUGAAAGCCCAGUAGAUGGCCUUCAUGAUACGAGGGAUGGCUAUAGCAUUACAAAUGGCGGGUCCUACUCCCUGAACUAUGGCACCCGGGACGCACUCAGGCGUAAACUCAGUGGAAAUGAUUAUAGUUAUUCCCAGGUCAGCGGUGAUGCUAAAAGAGAAACAUUCCACCAGACUGAUGCUAACUUGAACCAUUGCUCUAACAGCAAAGGAUCUGCAGGAACCUUCAGUGACUGCAGUGGUGAUUACUGUAGGAGAAAUUCAAGAGGGAGUGAUUAUUAUGUAGAACCAGAAGAAGACUACAGCGCCAACUGUGGCUCAGGAAAAGAGCGUAAUCAAGCUGCCGAUGUUGAUGUUCAGUGGCUCAAUGUCUCCCAUUUGAGUCGAACAGAAGGUAGAUCUAGACGAGAAGGAGACCCGGGUCCUCCACCUAUUCACAGUAGCAUUGGGACGUACACUCAGAAGCUCGACUCCUUCUCUGAGGCUUUCCUCUCUCAACGAAAGAGAAGAUUUCCAGUGAUUUCCAGUGGAGAGUCCUCAGAACAGAGCUGGAAAUCCGGACCAGGGAACGGAGAAAUUCCCAUGGCGGUGAAGUCCAGAUACAACUGCGGAUUUGAUUCACACUCCUACUCUCCCUCCUCUUUCUACUCUUCAUCAGGCCAUGUCUCUCUCCCCUCUUUCCCCUCUCCUCCUUCCUCAUCACACAUCAUGUCUUCAGUUCUCAGCCCGCCUCCCACACCUCACCCGCCACCUUCUCAUUCCCCACCCAAAAUGGACUCUCCUAUUUCAUUUGGAGGAAAUGGACAUCCUUUGGCCCAGGAGGAAGAAUCCUUCAGUACACUGCAGUUUUUCAAUACCCAUCUUCAGGCUCUCCCACCUGUUGUGUCCUCUGGAAUGUUAUGGAAGUUCCCACUGCUGCCCCACUGUUUUCCACAGUCCCCUGGUGACCCCGGCAGCAAUGAGAACAACAUGAGAUCUCCCCAUGACGUUGAUUAUGUCCAGCAUGACAUCCUCCAGUCUCCUGAUUCACUCCUCACCUCAUCAACUCACCAAAUGUCCUCCCACAUUCAGCCCACGGUGCUCUCUCCCAUGAAUACAUCACUGCGCAUGUCCUGUCCUCCUCUUCCUCUUCAGUCUCCUCCUCCUCACCUUUUGAGCCUACACAGUGAUGCAGCAGAAAAGACAGCUCCUUACACUGUGACCCAGAAAGUCAAGAAUGGCCAAGCCACACCGAACCAGUCACAGCCACAGCAACAAUCAGCAACUUCCAUAUACACUGGAACUCCCUUUCCCAGUGUCAUUCACUCCAACAGAGGUCAGAAAAGGGGCCACUACACUCCCCGGCCCCUUCUUAAUCCACUCCGCCAAGGGACAGGGCUGUUCUCCUCCUUAUCUCUGCCCCGUCAUGAAGAUGAUUACACAGCAUUUGAUGCAGAGGAAGAGGAAUGUGGUGUGACACCGUGUGUCAAUGUAGGUCAUCAGUUCCAGGCAGAGCUCCCUCCUCCACGUUUAGUUGAAAGCGACGUGUCAGUCAUAGACGUACCCGUCCAGGAAUCCUCGAGAGAACAGCUGCUUUGGAAACCAUGGGAGGAGCUGGAGGAGAGUCACAACUUACACAACCAAGUGGAGAAGCUGAUGUCAUUGUGCAGUUCGAGUUGUUUACCAGGAGGGGGCAGUAACACAGAGCUGGCUCUGCACUGUUUGCACUCCUGCCAUGGGGACAUGAUGGCCACAUUGGAGAUGCUGUUGUUCCGGCAGCCCUCACCAGCUGGAGACUACCAUUAUGCCGGGAGUGACUUUUGGACAGACACUGAAAAGAGUGUCUUCUCUGAAGCACUUAAAUCUAAUGGAAAGGACUUUUCACAUAUACAAAAAAGGGUAAGAACAAAGACUGUGAGCCAGUGCAUUGAGUUUUACUACCUGAGCAGGAAGCUUCUGGACAAGCAGAAGAAACUGAGGGAGGAGAACGUGGACAAAGAGUUGGGGCAGCAGAAAAGUGUGACGCCCGUUUGUCAGCCAGUGGACCGGCAGUUUACUUUGGUGGAGGCGGGCUCUGUGCCCCCAUUGGCCAGUUUCUUCCCCUGUAAGAUCUGUGGCAAAAUGUUCUACAAAAUCAAAUCCCGCAACGCUCACAUGAAGAUCCACCGCCAGCCCCAGGAGGACUGGACUAACCGACGUCUUCAGCAUCAGCUGCUGUCUCAGCGCCUGUCCCUUAGCUGUUCCACUAACCUAUUGCCCCCCUCAGGCGGCCAUUUGCUUCCACCUGAGGUUCCAGCUCUGACUUUUUCCUCUGCCAGCCUUUCUGACACAUCAAGUAACACCAGCAACACGGGCAAUAUCAUAACCAAUGGAGGCACAGCUGCGCUCAGCAAUGUCAAUGUCUUAGAUCCCAGUACUGCAAUCACCUAUACCAACAUGAUACCAACCAUUCAUGGAAUCACCACCAUAGAUGCCAGUGACUCCAAUCAAAGAGAUCCCCACAGUGUACCACCUUUCCAGCAGUCAUGGGUCUCCUUUGGACACAGUUCCGGUCCUGUGGCCUUUGAAUAUAACACUGAGGUUAAAGCUGUGACUGUGGGAGAGGAAGAGUCCAUCGGUUGGCAGUAGUGCCAAAAAGCAUUAGAAUCACUGCAGUCUGACACAUCAAAAACUGAAAAUAUAUAAAUUAUAUAUAUAUAUAUAUAAUACAUAUAUGUAUAUUUUUUUACUUUCAUAAAGCUUUAAAGUAACUUGUUUUUUGUACACUUUACGUCUGAAUAAAUUGUUAAACAUUAAAUUUCAAGCUAGUUGGAAUUUUUUUUCAGAAUAUAUAGUUAAAUAUCUGGCCGAUCCAAUCAAAUCUUUACCUUUGAAAUUUUUUCUUUUAUGCUUUUUGGCAUUUAUCUCUACUAUGCCUAUAUUUGUAGUCUAUAUUUUGUAGUCUAGAUUGUCCGGUUGAUGGUUAAAAUGAAUGUGUAUGUGUGUGUGUGUGAGUAGUUAUUUGUUUAUUUUUUUUAUUUAAGAUAGAAAACUGACUUCCAUCCCUCACAUGCUCACAUUUAGUAAUUAACCCACUUAUGUACCUAUCGCCUAAUAAACCUUUCUGUAAGGCAGUGA